AUGUCUUCAGUGUGGCAACACAAGGCGUCAGGCUACUCCCCGUGUGUCGAGAUUGACUCCAGCUCUGCAAGAAGGAAGGACAGAGUCGGCGCCCCAGCCUGGCUAAAACAGGAGCAAGACAACCUCAGCAUCAUCGAGUGGGAGAAUUUUCACACAGGACCCAGUUCGGAUAUGGUUCAGGACAACACGCCCAGCAGCGCCAUGUCCAUUGCCUCUAAUUCAGAGGGUCUUCCCCCCAAGGUGCUGAUGAUCAUCACCAAACUUCAAUGCAUGCUGGAGAGCAAACAAGAGCGCAUCAUUGCCCUGGAGAAACAGGUGGAGGACCUGAUGCAGGACCGCAAAUUCCUCAGGAGACAAGUUGAGAAUCUUACCAGUAAUCGCCCUGUGUCUGCUUUUGCACCACAUGCUCCAGUGGCUGAAGCUUCUAAAGUCAGCAAGGUGCAGCAGUCAGAGGCCAAAUCAAGGAAAAGAGACAGGGCCUCUUCCUGUUCCUCUUUGAGCAAUGGCAGUGAUUCAGAUGCAUCUGACGCCUCUGAGGUGUCUGCAGCCUCCAGUGACCACAAGAAGAAAAGUCACCACAAGGACAAGAGAAGAAGAAAGAAAGGGAAGGACUACAGCCGCAAGAGAGCUACUGGUGUCCAGUAUGUCAUACAUCGCUACAAACAAGUCCUGUCUGCCUUCAUCAAGAAGAAAAAUAUGAGCGAGGCCUUCCGCCAUCUUAAUAUCGACCGGAACACCAUCGCCAACACGGCAUGUAUUGCCGAGCUCCAUCUAGCUGGGAAGGAGUUAAUUCCCCUGAUGGGCCCGUUUCGUCAAGGAGAGGAAACCCUGGUCAGCUACGCUCAGAGGUGCUCUCUGUUCAUUGACAGUGAUGCAGAACUGUCGAAGAAAAUAGACCAGAUGAAAGCCGAUGGCGAGCUCCUGCCCAUCUCAGGAAAAAGGGCCAAGGGGAUACAGUUCCACCUCCAGCCGCCAGGGGGCGCGGUAGAGAGUAUUUUGCUAGGUUAA